CGUUGCCGCAGCGACUCUCCUCGUCCAGCCUGCACGCACACGCGCCGCCAUGGGGGUCGACGCAAUGGUGGUUGGCAGCGGCGAGUGCCACGGCGCCGGAAACGCCGGCCCGGAGGUGGACGAGGUCGGCGCGGACGCAGGCGGCGAAGAAGAAGUGAUAGGACAUCGGUUGCCUCUCAAGAAUGGCGGACUCAUUGAGCGUCUGCCUCGUCCCGUUGGCCUGGCGGGCGACUGCCGGGGCAUGGACAGCGUUGAGGUGAGCAGCGUGUCCUACCUGUCGGUCCCGGACACGCCCUCCUCGCGCCGCCCGUCCACCGCUGACCUCGUUAUAGAGAAGUUACAGGUGGAGCGAGUGGACGGCGGAGGCCUCAGCAUCCAAGGGGUGGCACUGGCAUCCAACUGUCACGUGACCCUCUGUGUCUUCGGCAUUUUCUUCCUCUUGGCGGGCAUCAUCCUCUCGUAUGUCAGUUACAGCAUCAAUAUGAAGAAUGACGACCCGAAGCCCCUCGAGACGGAGACGAGCAAAAAGAACCAGAACGACCACGAGUCCAGCGUCGUCCAAAUGCGCAUCAUCGGCCCGUCGUUCCUCGCCCUCGGGUUGCUCAUGCUGAUCCUCGGCUGCUCCUUCUACGGCCUCGCCAGGAAGAUCAACCGGGACGAGAAGGAGCGGCGGCGGAAGAUCUCGGAGCAGCAGGUGAGCCAACUCGAGAACAGCUUUAGCCACGCCCACUCCACCUCCUCGCCACUGCACACUGCCACCGCGCCCGCCGUGCAUCAGCAAUACCCGAUACUGGCCGUCCGGAGAACCUCCUGGUGGAUGGAUCCCACGCCCAUCGAGAACCCCGCCCCUGACGCUGACCAGACGCCCGAGCGCCGAGACUCGACGGGUCACUCCCCCUCGCCCAACGGCUCCCUGCCCAGUCUGAUGAGUCCCGUGCCCCCGGAGAUGAAGUCCCCCCCCGCUGACAUCCAAGGAGACAUCGCCUGCUUUCCUCCUGCGGCCAACCCGGCGCCCCCCACCCGGCCGUCUUCUGCCAUGACACGCCGACAACAGAGUGCCGCGGAGAGGACCCACAGCGGCGUCCAUGACACCUCACGCCCAACCUCGGUCAUGCCUCCUUCAAGUGCGGGUCAAGGGCGCCACAACGUCGAGUUCAUGCCGUCUGACUUCGUUUAUUAUCAGAAUAGCGGCCAUAUGGUGCCUUUUAUACAGGUGACGGCUCCUCCCCCCAGCGGCCCCGUCCUCCCCCGCCUCUCCCGCCACGCUGCCACCCGCAUGGACAGCAGACCAACGACAGCUGACUCUAGAUGAGGAGGCAACACCCAAGAGGAGUGGCUGGAGGAAUAACUUACAAAAAGGAGAGAGAUAGAAAGGGGUUUAAAGAGAGAGAGAGAGAGAGAGAGAGAGAGAGAGAGAGAGAGAGAGAGAGAGAGAGAGAGAGAGAGAGAGAGAGAGAGAGAGAGAGAGAGAGAGUCAGUGUCAGUAGGUGCAGGAGUGAGCAAAUGUAUGAGCAAGAGAGAGAGAGAGAGAGAGAGAGAGAGAGAGAGAGAGAGAGAGAGAGAGAGAGAGAGAGAGAGAGAGAGAGAGAGAGAGAGAGAGAGAGAGAGAAACUAAAAAAUAUAGGUAUCUUAGAAGCUAGCUUCUAGAACACACCUCUCAACCUGAGUCAGUCUUACCACUAUGUGUAUUUGCCUCAUGUCAGCACCAGUGACACAGAGUGCGUGGUGCAAGUAGGAAAAUGUACAGUAAUCAAAAUGAUUUCAAGAAUCACAAUCACUCACCCACACAUGAAAAGGUGUUUCAAAAGGCAACCUAUGAAGAAGCCGAAACAAGCAGCGAAAUAGGAAAAGGACUACCAUCUCUGUUCAUGUCAGUUCACAACUUUACUUGCAGAUAGGUACUGUACUGUGCUUUGUUGCAAUCAUAUAUGUGUAUACAUACAUGUAUAUAAAUACCUAUAUAUACGUACACACACACACACACACACACUCACACUCACACUCACACUCACACUCACACUCACACCCACACUCACA